AUGGCUAGCAACAACGAAUAUGAAAUUGCUCUAAUCGAGAAUGAAAUAGAUGCUUGUUUAUGUGCUAAACUGAUUGCAGAAGAAUUUGCUACACGCAAUCCUUUGACGAUUUGUAAUCAAACAACAGCCGAGCAGUCAUAUGAUCGAUGGGUUUGGCCAUUCAUGAUGGAUGUACUUGAUGAAAAAUUAUCAUUCUUUAUACGACACCGUCCAACAAAUGAAAUUGUUGCAUCGAUGAUAGCUAGUGACCUAUUUUCAUAUAAUGAAAGGUAUCCAUAUGAUGCUUCUAGUCCUGCAUCUCAUUACCCAACAUCAGAUUUAUUUGACGAAAUGGUUGAUCAAUUUGUUCAUCAUGAUUUUGAUCACGAACUAAAACCGAAUACGGUUCUCUAUAUUAUAGCUGUUGCAACACAAUCUAAACAUUCAAAAAAAAAUUUAGCUGCUCAAUUAAGUACUUGUGCAUGUCAUCAUGCACAAGUUACAAAAGGAUUUCAAUAUGCAUUUGUACAAACAUGUAAUUCAGCAACGCGUCAUAUCUAUGUUAAAAAAAUGAAUGGAAAAGAAUUGGCUGUUCUUCAUCCAACGACUUGGGUAUGGAAGAAGAACGGUGAUGGGCUAUCAUGUCCACUUCAAGAUUAUAAAGACGAACCAAUUGUCAACAUUCUUGUCAAUCUGACUCAAUGA